AUGUCUUCAACCAUUCAGGACAGAGGCUUUCCAGCCGAAAACCCUUUAUCGUCGUACUGGCUUCAGGAUCCCCAUGAACUGGCAACUUUUCGCUCAUCGGAGAUAGUCCCAGAUCAAUGCGACAUAGCCAUCAUCGGCACUGGUCUAGCCGGCGUAGCCACAGCAUACCAUGUUCUCUCGGAUCUAAAUCUCAGAACCAAGCCAAAAAUUGUCCUACUCGAAGCACGUCAAGCCUGCACAGGAGCGACCGGGCGCAACGGGGGCCAUCUUAAAUUAGCCCCCUGGAUUGCGCGACGAAUUGGGGCCAAAUUCGGCCGUAGUGCAGCGGCGGAGGUUAUUGGCUACCAACUUGAUCAACUGGUUGCUAUCAAGGAAGUCGUUGAGAAGGAAAAGAUCGACUGUGAACUGAGCGUCACUCGUUCCUUUGAUGUGUUUUUUGAUGUAGAUCAUGCCCGGGAAAUGCAGGAGUUUGUGUCUAUUCAGCAAGCUGAGGGGGCUCCUUGGGCCAAACAUAUAACAUGGAUUGAUGCUUCCGAGUCAGAAAAGGUUACUGGUAUCAAGAAUAGUAAAGGCGCAUUGAGUGUACCGGCGGUCUCCCUUUGGCCGUACAAACUAGUCACAGCUUUACUGUCAAGAGUGAUAGAACUCGGUGGCACGCUCUUCACCGAAACCUAUGUUACAGAAGUCGAAGAGUUGCCCGGUCAAACAAAAUUGAUAACGUCAAGGGGAGUAUUAAACGCCAAAAAGACCAUAUUUGCAACCAACGCCUAUACUGCUGCGUUAUUGCCACAGUAUCAAGGGGUCAUUACCCCUUUCAAAGGCCAGAACUCGCAUCUGUCCCCUUCGCCAUCUUUCAGAGUACCCAAGUACCUUGAUCACACUUAUAACCUGCACUUCAACAAUCGGUAUGCGGAUUAUCUCAAUCCAAGACCAGAUAAUACUAUUAUCCUUGGAGGCGCAAAAUGGACAUAUGAGGAUAAAAUUGAGAGGGCGAAAUGGUGGAACAGCACGGAUGAUACAACGUUGAUCAUCGAUCUUGCUACAGAGCAUUUCGACUCUGUUAUGGCGGAUCAUUUCCUUGGAUGGGAGAAAGCCGAGGCACAUCAUGACUUCGUCUGGACUGGAAUCAUGGGCGAGACCCCUGAUGCUUUGCCUCAUGUGGGAAUGGUUCCAGGCUCGAGAAACCAAUGGAUCUUGGCCGGUUUCAAUGGUGCUGGAAUGACCAUGAUCUUUACCGCUGCAAGGGCUGUUUCUAAGAUGAUUUUGCAUGAGGUUGUGUACGAAGACACAGACCUACCACGGUUGUUCAAAACCACAGCUGAGCGGUUGAUGGUCAAGAACCCUGGCUUUUCAGAGUGA